UUGCAGCAUUCAGCCCUUCCACACCUAAUUCUGAAAACAAAUAAAAGGUGGGAGGCUCACAUCAUUUAUUCUGCCUUCAGCAGCAUCAGCUCUGCAGUCAGGAUGCAUCUACCUAUUUGGACUGCAGUCCUUCUAGGACUCGUCCUGACCCCAGCCCUUGCUGAUCAUCAUCAACAGACUGAAGUAAGCAAGAAAAUCUCCAUUAGUGGAGGCUACCAAAUCAUGACCAUCAAUAGGAAAUGGCUGGUGGCAAGUAUUGAGCAAAAGACCAACCAUGAGUACUGGAAAACCAUCUGGAACUAUGACACAGGUUUUAUGGCAACCAAAGUGCUGCCAGAGAGAGCUUGCUACAUUUCCAUCAUGAACAGAACAGAGAUGCCCAGCUUUGAUGCACUUCCCCAGCUGGCUGCAGACAUCAGGAACCAGAACCGUCCAAGACCCCCUGCAAAGGAGAUCACAUUCACCCUCGUCAGGAGAACCAUCCGUGACCUCGAAUCAUAUGGGCCAGACAUCUUCUCCAUGUGCAGAGGGCUCUCAACUUAUGUGGGUUAUGAAGUUCAUGAGCCCCAAUUCAAUCUGGGAUCGUGCCUCAAGCUCGAUGUCCUUCAAUAUCUGGCCCUCACCUACUGCCACAACGAAAACUUUGUGUAAAUCCUUUCCUGAGCCUUCCUGA